UUAAUAUUCAAAAUAAAUUGAUGGAAUAUAAAUACUUUUAUUUCAUCUUAGUAAGAAGUUUAAAGACAGGUUCUACUUUAUUUUACAUAAAAAUUGACCAACAGAUUGUAAAUAUAAGAUUAUUGAAUAAUAAAAGUAAUAAUAAUUAUAAAUUAUUGAAUUAAUGAUUUUUUAAUUCCAAUGUUAAUCAAAAUUUAAUUAACAUUAUUUUGUUGAUGUUCCUUUAAUCACUCAUAACCUCACACGUCCUCUAAAAACGAAAACAACCUAUCUAUCUAAUAUAUAUUGCAUCUUUGUGUAAAGUUAGCAUUCUACAAAUUUGUUUGAUACUGUAAUAUAGACAUCAUUUUUUAAAUUAGAAACUUCAUAUACAGGCAAUCAGUAAUAUUAGAGUAAUAUAUGUAUUUCUAUAUAGUACAUGUGCGUUUUAAAAUGGUGCAAUACGAGUAUGAGACGUGCAACGAAUAAGUUAUAUAAAGAAACCAUCGUAAAAAUUUGAAAACAGUGAUAUUACUAUUUGAAUAUCAUAAAAAACGAAUUUUGUUUAGUAUAAAUAUUUUCUGAAAGCUAAACCGCAAAAGAAAAAUAUACUGCAAAUUGUUUUGACAACUAUUUUCAAUAAGAGGGAAGAGGUUAUGGCAAAACACUUAGUACAAAUAAUUAUAAUGGGUACACAAGUCGUUGUUAAAGCAUUUACACGUGCAUUACGACAAGAAAUUGCAGCAAGUCAAGCUGCUGCACAUAAAACAGGUGGUGGAGCAAGAGGUACUCAACACGUCGCAGCCAAUUACAAGACUGGUAUUUCUUUGGAAGAAGCACUACAAAUAUUGAAUGUUGAACGUGUGGAUGAAGUAGAAGCUAUUGAACGUAACUAUAAACAUCUUAUGGAAGUUAAUGAUAGAUCAAAAGGUGGUUCUUUUUAUAUUCAGUCAAAAAUUGUACGUGCUAAAGAACGUAUUGACGAAGAACUAAAAACUAUGAAGACUCCUCCCCCAAACAGUAAUUCUAUACAACAAAAUGUUUCAAAAAAACUGUAAUACUAGAAAUUUAAUUGAUAUACUUUUGAAGUCUGUAUAUAUAAAUGUAAUGACACUUUAGUCACCAAUAAAUAAUAUGGAACAUCUAUCGACAAAAUUGAUAUACUUAUGUCUUAGUAUUGGUUAAAAUGUUGAAAUAAAAUAAAACGUUAUUUAAAGUA